GAUAACUAAAAGAGUCAGCCCAUAAGUGGUUAUUACAGAAAGACAAACUGGUUCUGCAAGGGAGCGGUGCUGUUAGUCUGAAAUAAGACAAACAAGAUAUCCACGUCUAAAAUUCACAAGAAAGAUCCAGACUUGGAGGAAGCCUUACUUACAACUACAAGUACACCCUCUACUUCAACAUGAGCAGUGGCUCACAUUGAACAGGGAGGUUACACCUGCCUCAAAACAGUCAAGUCAAGUCAAGUCAAGUCAAGAAGCUUUUAUUGUCAUUACAACCACAUAUAGCUGACAUGGUACAUAGUAAAAUGAGACAAUGUUUCUCCAGGACCUGGGUGCAUAAAACAGCACAACAUAUAGCUACAGAACAAUAACAACAACACAGCUAAGGACAGAAAGUAGUUGUCCUAGCUACAUAAAGCGCAAUGUGUGCAACAGUGCAAGACAGAAGAACGUGCAGGAACAGAAAAUACACACAGUGCUGAAAAAAUGUGCAAACAAAAAAAUGUGCACACUAGAACUGUAAACUUUCUUAUAACAUAUGUUUUGUAAAUAUAGACAUAUAGCAAUGUGCAAAAAUAGCAGUAGCAGUUGAAUACAUAAACACAUCCCUCUCUGCAGUCUUCACAAAUUCUCAACUUGAGAAGGCAUGAUGAAUUUUCUCUACUACUUCUUGGAGAAAAACCAUCAUACUUUAAGACUUUUGCUCAUUUUUGCACAGUGUUAUAACCUCUCACUUUUGCACAUAUCUAUAUUCUGUAAAUAUAUACACAUACACUGACCAUGCAUAACAUUAUGACCACCUGCCUAAUAUUGUGUUGGUCCCCCUUUUGCUGCCAAAUCAGACCUGACCCAUCAUGCACUGUGUAUUCUGACACCUUUCUAUCAGAACCAGCAUUAACUUCUUCAGCAAUUUGAGCAACUGAGCUCGUCUGUUGAAUCGGAUCACACGGACCUGCCUUUGCUCCCCACGUGCAUUGGUGAGCCUUGGCCAGCCAUGACCCUGUCACUGGUUCACCACUGUUCCUUCCUUGGACCACUUUUGAUAGAAACUGACCACUGCAGACCGGGAACACCCCACAAGAGCUGGAGUUUUGGAGAUGCUCUGAUCCAGUCGUCUAGCCAUCACAAUUUGUCCCUUGUCAAACUCGCACAAAUCCUUACGCCAGGCCAUUUUUCCUGCUUCUAACACAUCAACUUUGAGGACAAAAUAUUCACUUGCUGCCUAAUAUAUCCCACCCACUAACAGGUGCCAUGAUGAGGAGAUAACCACUGUUAUUCACUUCACCUCUCACUGCUCAUAAUGUUAUGCCUGAUCAGGGUAUAAUCAGUUACAUUUGUGAAGUUGUUCAGUUUAACUUUCUACUUUCAUUUGUCUCUUGUUUUGCUGCUGUAACACUAGAAUUUCCGAUCUGGGAUUAAUAGCAUUAUCUUCUUUCAUUCUUUUACUCCUAGGAAUUUGUGUAGGAAAAUUCUAAAACUGAGAUGUCAGCUUCAAUUCUUUCAGUUCAAUUCAAUUAAAAAAAUAUAUAUAUUUAUCCCCAGGGGGCAAUUUAAGGCACGCAGAAUAGUUAAAAAUAGAUCAGUGCAAUACAGUUGUUGUAAGUCCGUUAGUGCAAAUAGCUUGAGUAAACAUCUGUGUAAAAUAUCUGUAGAUAAAUAUAAACUGUGAAAAUAGGUACGGCUUAAUAGUCGAAACAAAUGAAGAGGAAGAAGAAGAAAGUAGAAGAAGGUGAAACAGAUGGAUGCAUAUAUUAAUAAAUGAAACUUAAAGUGACAGCUUGGGGGGCUUAUGUCACAAAUACUAUGUUUGUUCAUAGGUUUUUAUUAACUGUAGGUUAAAGUAAAGCGACAGAAUGCAUGGUGAAAAAAUAAAACGCAGUCAAUUUACAGCACUUAUAUUUACCGCUCGCUCAAUGAAACUUAAUAGCUCGGGUCUUUGGCUACCGGCAAUGACGUAAUAGGUUGUUAAAAUUAAACCUUGAUCGCAAGUCCAGCUCCGGUCCAUGCGGUCCAGCUAAAUGAGACGAGACCCAACUCUGAACAGUGAGGUCUACUGCUGCAGGCCAAUCGGCUCUGUGUUCACUCAUUUGAAUAGCAUAACAGAACAGGCUAGCGAUGACUGUGAAUAGGAGUUUUGUGCGGGAAGCGUCUCAUCAGAUCAUUGCAGGAGGAUCAGCAGGUCUGGUGGAGAUAUGUCUGAUGCACCCACUGGAUGUCGUGAAGACCAGGUUCCAAAUUCAGCGAGGACUCAGUGACCCAAACAGCUAUAAAGGCCUGGGGGACUGUUUCAGAACCAUAUUUCACAAUGAGGGAACGUAUGGUUUUUACAAAGGAAUCCUGCCACCAAUUCUAGCCGAGACACCAAAGAGAGCGGUUAAGUUUUUCACCUUUGAGCAAUACAAGAACCUGCUAAGUUACACUACAUUAUCCCAGGGCCUGGCUCUCUCCAUAGCUGGGCUUGGCUCAGGUUUAACGGAAGCUCUGGUGGUUAAUCCAUUUGAAGUAGUGAAAGUGAGCCUUCAGGCUGACAGAAAUUCCUUCAAAGUGCAGCCAUCCACCUUCAGCCAGGCUCGAAUGAUUAUUAAUUCAGAUGGUUUUGGUCUGCGUGGGCUAAAUAAGGGCCUGACCUCCACACUGGGACGCCACGGCAUCUUCAACAUGAUCUACUUUGGCUUCUACUUCAAUGUUAAAGACACCCUUCCUGCCAGCCAGGAUCCUCGUCUGGAGUUUAUGAGAAAGUUUACUAUAGGUUUGCUGUCAGGAACUAUCUCAUCCUGUGUGAACAUCCCCUUUGACGUGGCUAAGAGCCGUAUCCAGGGUCCCCAGCCAGUUCCAGGGGAGAUAAAGUACAGGAGCUGUUUCCAGACUAUGACUCUGGUAUACCGGGAAGAAGGAUAUCUUGCAUUAUACAAAGGACUAAUUCCCAAGAUCAUGAGACUUGGACCAGGAGGUGCUGUCAUGCUGCUAGUGUAUGAAUAUGUCUCCGGCUGGCUACAAAGAAACUGGUGAUAAAAGCUGUCAAGCAGCAGACAAAUUUCACUCUGUAGGUCACAAGUAUAUUCAUGCAUCAGCUGUCAAAAUCAUGACAGUGUGUUCUAAGAUUGAAAAAAUAAUAAAUGGCUAAAUAGAAAGUUCAGACAAGGAUUGGCCCUGACCUACAUUUUGUAUGUCUUUACAUAUCAUAAGGUAUUCUUAUCUGUGAUGCAAGGAUGUCAAGGGAAGUUUGACCAAGUAACCACAGCAGUGCUUCACGCCCAAACAAAGACCGCAGUCUUUUACACUCACCACUAGCAGGAAAUGGGAUCAGAUUCAGCUUACAUUAAAACAAGCUUAAGACUCCUGUCUCUUUCUAUUGGAAGCUCAUUUCCUCUCCGAUGGAACACCACCAAAAAAAAUCACUUUUAGCUUGCAUACUGAUGAGGGUGGAGUUGAGCUCAGCAGUACUGCAUGUUUAGAUGUUGUAUCAGAUGGUUAGUGAUAAUUCAGUAUUUACCACAAGUCAAUACUCGUUUCUGUGUAUCAAGGCACUUCUUGUGAAACAUGAAUCAGGCAAAAUGUAUGUCAUAUUUCCUUUUUCCAUGAUUGCUUGCAGUUUAUAAGAAAUAUUGAGUCAUUGUAAGACUUUUUGUGAUAUGUAGCAUUUGCAUAGAUCUUAGUGUGAUAAAAUUGAUAGCAGUUAUAUGCAUACUGAAUUCAAACUAUUUUACUGAAUAUUGCAUUUUUUGGAUCUAUCACGUAAAUGAUAUUUGAAUAGUUUAUUUCACAAUGUUAGUAUUUGUGAAUGUAGGACUUUUUAAAUCAUUUUUAAUAACAUUUUUUAAUUAUGUUUAAAACUCUGUCAUCGAUCAAUUGCAUAUAAAUCAAAUGUGAGUCCUAAUAUUGUGUCUGCUUAAUGUGUGCACAGAGAAGGAGUGAAAGUAUCAGGGGACAAGGGGAAAUCUUCACUGUAAAACAUUUCAAAAUAAUUAAGCUUAGAAACAAAACUGCCUUCAAAAUGUGAAUAAACUCAGGAUAAUAGAUUACUUUAAGUUUCAUAUUGAAACUUCAUAUAUUCAUACAGAAAAGUACUGAUACAUAUUGACAGGCAUAUGAUCAGCUCCAAAAGCAAUGCCAUUUAGCUCCUCUCUUUUAUUUCCUUUUAUAAUGAGUCUGUAUGUGGAACUUUAUCAUGCCAAUACUAGUAAUCAUUCAUUUAGGUUCUACUUUCGUCCUUUCCGUCUCCUCUCAGAAACCUUGCUGACGAUACUUUGUGGAUGCCUGUCAGCCAUCACAGCUGUUGGAGCUAAGAACAGGCUGUCAGUCAGCUCCUCUAGCCUACAGGCUGAUGCAGCAUAACUCAGCUCAAGUUAAAAUAACAAAACCAUGAAAUGCACAUAUGUUGACAAAUGAAUGGACACUUUUGCUCUGUCCAACUUUGCUCUCCACCCACUCAACGUCUGUGCCUUAUACACAAGAAGGACUAUAGGCACAUGAAGACCCAAGACCAAAAUUUUAAUAGAAAUGUUAAUGGUGUUUCUGCAAAUUUCAUUUUGAUAUAUGUUUUAUUUUCAUUCUAAUGUUAUUAUCUAUAACACCAACAAUAGUAACAUUUUAAUGCCUUUCUUUUUUAUGUGGCAUUUCUAUCUGUUUUAAAACCUUUUAAAUCUUUUAAAAGUUAUUGUAUUAUCCUGCAUAUUUGAUUCCUAAUAUAGCGCUAUACAGAUGUUCUAAAGUAAGCUGUCUGAAAUUACAUUUUCCCUCUGGAGAAGACUUGAAGCCAAAAUAAAUCUUUUAAGUAGUAAAAAGUCUUGUACCCUUACUAAAAAUACCAUGGUCUCCCUAUUUGUGUGUCAUUCAGUCCUGUCCAUUUUACUUUCUUUUCCAACUAGCUUUGUGUAUGCAUCAGAGAUGGUCAUGCUGGAAAAGGCAACAGCUGCGGCUCUUUGUUUCUGUAGCUGGCAGCACACAUGGGUAGUAUCCUGCAGUUUGUAUCUUUUUGUCUCGCUAAAUGGCUGUAAUUUGUUUUAGUUCUAUAAUGCAAUAAGUCACUAGGCUCAUUAGCUAUGACUUCAGAUUUUUUCCUAGAGGGCAUGUGAUAUUAGUUUUAACCAGAGAAGUUUAAACUCAGGGACACUCAGCAGCUCUGCUAUGCUCUGUCCUGCAAUGCUAUGUUGUAGAGUUGGUUUGUCUUGUCGGUUUGUCUUGUUCAUUAUGAGCUUACAUGGCUUUUCAGUUGUAUAUUCAAGUCUCUGUAUUCUAGAACAUUCCAUCUAUCUUCAUAAGGCUUCAUUUAAUUCUUAAGAAUUCCCAAAACAAGCAACUUCUCACGGUUAUCAUCAUUUA